CUCCGUAACAACGACACGGUCAGUCUUCUGCGAACUUUCGGGUGUGAUAGUCGUGUCGAACGGGGCCGCUGUGAACCGAGUUCUCACGUCGUUCUAUAAUUCCGUUUCUACGCUCGAUCAGCUGCUUCCGAAAACUUGACAACGCGUUGAACAAAUUAGGGCGACUCGUCUUACAAUUAUGCGAGAUUUAUAGCCGGGCUGGACAGUGAACUGCGCGAGGAUACACGUUGGACGAAGAGUGAAGGGUUAGAGGAGGGGUCGAGGACUGCCAGACAUGCGUCUUCAGACGUGAAACGUGAUCUGGACGAAAGCACCGUUUUUUUUUCGUUUGUCUCGCGAGCAGACUGAAAUCCGAGUAGGCAACGUUCCGCGAAUUCUCCGCGUCGAAAGAUGGCCACUUUGACACACUGUUCCCCGUCGCGAUCGUCCCUAAGUUGCUGUCAAAUCGAUCACAGUAGCCACGACGAUGUCCACGGGGUGGCUGUCGUGGCGAAAGACAAUUACUUCUUUCAAGAGAAACACUCGUUUCCGAAGAGGCCCGAGGUGAAUCUUGCUUUCCACGACGUCCGGUACACGGUGAACGAAUGGAGCCUAAGGACCAUCAGACCAAAGCACAAAGAAAUUCUUCACGGGGUCAGCGGGGACUUCAAAGCUGGCGAACUGGUCGCCAUAAUGGGCCCGUCUGGGGCCGGGAAGUCUACGUUGUUGAACGUUUUGGCCGGUUACACAGUGAAGGGUGUUCGAGGGAAGAUUCUGGUGAAUGGAAAGGUUCGCGUACCGUACAGCGAAAGGUGGAAAAGGACCUCAUGCUACAUACAACAGGACGCGUUAAUGAGAACAAGAAUCACUGUGGGAGAAGCCAUGACAUUAGCAGCUCAUUUGAAGCUCGGUUAUACGAUCAGCUCCGCUUACAAGCACACUCAAGUUUUAGAGCUGCUUGAAAUGCUGGGCCUGAGCCAUUGCUACGACACUUUGUGCGGAAAAUUAUCCGGUGGCCAGAAGAAGCGACUGGACGUCGCCCUGGAACUCCUAAGCAAUCCUUCAGUAUUAUUCCUCGACGAGCCUACAACCGGCCUUGACUCUGCGUCCUGCAGCCAGUGCAUCGCGCUUCUGAAGCGUCUCGCCAAAAUAGAAAGGCGUACAGUGAUAUGCACGAUACAUCAGCCGAGUGCGUUGCUCUUGGAAAUGUUCGACGCCAUCUACACGGUCGCAGCUGGAUACUGCAUAUACAGGGGGCCCGUGCAAUCGCUGUUGCCGCACCUGGCGUCGGUCGGAGUCGAGUGUCCACCUUACCACAAUCCUGCUGAUUUUCUGUUGGAAGUCGCGAUCGGUGAUUAUGGAAUCAGCGUCGACAAAUUGGCAGCUGCCAUGGAAUCAGCGUGCAAGGAUGAUAAGCCGGUUACUACAUAUGCGACGAACCCGCAGUCGGACGACAAUACGAAGGAACCACCCCCGCCUGCUGGAUUCCUUGGACAGUGUUAUUUGCUCUACAAAAGGCAGCUGCUAUGCCUGAAGAGGGACUACACGCUGUUGGUAGUGCGUUUGCUGUGUCAUCUGUUGAUCGGGGUGAUAUUCGGCUACCUCUACAGGGGAAGCGGUUACAGAGCAAAUGGAGUUCUGGCUAAUUACGUUUACCUUUACGGGUCGCUUCUGCUGAUCGUUUACACGGGGAAAAUGGCCGUCACUCUUGCCUUUCCACAGGAAAUGCGAAUUCUCUCGAGGGAGCACUUCAACCGAUGGUAUCGGUUAGCACCGUAUUAUAUUAGUAUGCUGCUGGUGGAGAUACCGUUCCAAGCGUCCUGCGCUGCUACCUAUUUGGCUGUCAGUUACUGGUUGACAGGUCAGCCCGUGGAAACAGCACGCAUAAUUUCCUUCAUGGUCGUCAGCAUAGCAGCCAGCUUGACGGCUCAGGCUUGGGGCUUCUUCAUCGGCGCGACCACGCCGGUAAAGAUCGCCGUGUUUAUGGGCCCUACAAUAGCGGUGUUGUUCUCUGUGUUCGGUUUUUGCAUCCGUUACAUGGACACGCCGCGUCCAUUCCGCUGGAUAUUCCACAUAUCGUACUUCCGCGCCAGUUUUCACAGUUUGCUGCACACCGUGUACGGUUUCGGCAGAUUGGACCUGAAGUGUGACGAUUUCUACUGUCACUACAAAAAACCCACGCAAUUCCUAAAGGAGAUGGACAUUGCCGACACGAAUGUCGUGAACAAUCUCAUUCUGAUCCUCGGUAUCGGUGUGCUGAUGCAUCUGUUGACCGCCAGUGCACUCUGGUGUAAGUUGAACAGAAGGUAA